AUGAACAUCUUUACUAAGGUCUCAGGAUUAGCCCAACAAACCAGCAAGCUGGGGUCUGUGCUCCAACGUGCCUUCUACGGGUCCAGUGGGAAGGUGACCCUUUUCGAGCAGAGGAACUUCGCCGGCAGACGGCUGGACCUGAGCUCCGACUGUGCCAGGCUCAGUGACAAGAACUUCCCAGAGAGAUGCAACUCUGUGCAGGUGGAGAGCGGAGCAUGGGUCGGUUACGAGCAUGAGAACUUCCGCGGCCGUCAGUACCUGUGGGACAUGGCCGAGCGGGGAGAGUACAACUGCUACGACAAGUGGUGUGCUCAGGUGGACCACGUCUCUUCUGUCCGUGCUGUCAAACAGGACAACAAUCCUGGCAAAGCUCAGCUGUUUGAGCGAGCUGGCUUCACUGGUAAGAAGAUGGAGAUCCAGGAUGACAUCCCCAACCUGAUGAGUCGCUACAGCCUCAACAGAGUCGCCUCCAUGCGUGUGCUCGGAGGAGCCUGGGCUGUGUACCAGGAGCCAAACUACAGAGGGCCUCAUUACAUCCUGGAGAAGCGUGAUUACAACAACUUCUCUGACUGGGGCAGCCAGAACAGCACCGUGGGCUCCAUGCGCAGAGUCCGCUUCACCUAA